CUGCUCACCUUGCGAGAAAUCACGAUGAUGCGUCUCAUGAAUCAGUUGACAGACAAGCCUGGGUGGGAAGAGAAGGUCUUCGACGACGAGAUUUCCGACAAGUGGAAAGCCGAAGCACUUGCCACACCAGGAAUCGAUAUAACGGAGUCCAUGGUGGACUACUGCAUCGAGGAACUCCGCUGGAAGACCGAGCUGUUCGAAGAGCAGGGAUACGUCGUCGCUUUCGACGGGGACGUCGUGAAAUCGGACUCUGCUAUCACGGACGAGCUGAAGGAGGAGCUCAAAGCCGCUGUGGUAUCUCUGGAAGACGUUCCGGAGAAGUACAAGGAUUGGCAUCCUGGCUCUGACGAGAAGGUCUUGGAUCUCGUUCAUCCGUCCCUAUUCCCUCUCGUUUAUGGGAAGACCCGGAUACUACCCGAUAGCAUUUGUGGCAUCGACGAAUGCAUCCGUCGAUGUGGUGAGGGUGUCGUCCUUCCUGUUCCUUCUGCGAAGGAGUGCGAUUUCAUCUCAGAAGACGAACAUGAAGCGGAACGCCUCAGUGCCUACCCUCAUCCUACUCCGUGGAGCCGCAAGUUCCAAUGGCUUCCCUGCCAGGUCAAAUUGACGGAAGGUGUGGCGAAGAUCACGAGCUACAUCAACAAUCUGCAUCCUCAACACCACAAGGAUCUCUACGGCAUCAUCGAAGAGAUCAUCACCAGCACCAUCCCUCUAUGGAACCGAACACUCACAGCUCUUCAUGCCAACGGCGGUCGCGGAGAGAUCAACCCCGCUCGUAUCACUUUCGAUGGUCCCGACUACGGUGGCGAAGACGAGCCAGCCAUGGAAGAUGACGAAGAAGACGACGUUUACACUGCGAGACAAGAGGCCUGGAGACGGGAGAACUUGUGCAAGCCGGAGCCGGAGGAGUUUGAGCCUCCGGAAGGUGACGAGGAUGAGGCUGUUGACCUUGAGAACGACUUCCCAGAGAAGGAUUUGCAGGUGAUCGUGAAGUUGGCCAAUAUCCAGCUUACGCCGGAGAAGCCGACGUAUGACGGUGGAAGCUGGCAUGUUGAAGGACAGCUUAACGAGCACAUCUGCGCGACGGCUAUCUACUAUUACGACUGCGACAACAUUACGGACAGUCACCUUUCAUUCCGUCAACAGUCCGACUCAGAUACCAUCGACAUGGACUACGAACAAGAGGACCAUGCCUGGCUUCCUACUAUUUUCGGUUGCCAGAAUGAUGAACCCAGCGUCCAAGAACUUGGCGGCGUAUUGACGAAGGAAGGCCGUCUCAUCACCUUUCCCAACGUCCUCCAACACCGCGUCCAACCCUUCCGUCUCGCCGACCCCACGAAGCCUGGACACCGCAAGAUUCUAGCGCUCUUCCUCGUCGACCCGCAUAUCCAGAUCAUCUCGACACAGAACGUCCCGUGUCAGAGGCGGGACUGGUGGAGCGAGGAGAUACGGAAGACGAAUAUCUUUGAGAAGCUGCCGGCAGAGGUGGGAAUGGAGAUUGAGAACAUGGUGGAAGAUUGGCCGAUUGGGAUGGAGGAGGCGAAGAAGAUGAGGGAGGAGUUGAUGGAUGAAAGGAAGGUUUUUGUGGACAGUAACAACGACUGGUUUAGUUCGACUACCUUCUCUCUGUGCGAGCAUUGAUAUCAUCUGUCUUGUGUCAACUAUCUUCGAAUCUCUAUGG